AUGGAGAGCACCGACCAGCCAGCUGCAUCGCAGCCUGCUGCAGCCGGCGCGGCAGCGACGGCGACGACAUCGCCAUCACCGGAGGUGUACUUCAAGAAACAGGUAUUGAAGCUUGGCUUGGACGGCACCAGCCUUUCCAGGCUCGUUGUGGUGACGAACACACACAUCUACGUGUGUGUCCCUUCUGGUGGCAUCACACGCGCCAUCGCGGUGCGCCGCAUUGAGCGGGUGACCCUGUGUCCACGCGAAGACAUCGGCGACGAUGAGGACGGAGGCGACCAUGCAGGCUGGAAUGCGGCAUUGGAUAGCACAGCCGCUGCAGGCGGUGCUGGGAGUGAUGACCGCACCAUGCCGUCGGCAGACCCGCACAGAGAAAAGUCGAAGUCGUUCUUCGCUUCGGUCUUCUCACUACGUGGCGACAUCGCGGGCCGAGUGAAUCCCCAGGGACCGCACAACAGUCAUCCGGACUCGGCGCGCAGCAGUGCCGACGCAUCACCGGCAGCAUCGUCACGUCAGAGGUUCAGCUCCGCGGCUGACAAGGCGGAACGCGAAGUCCCGGCGUCUUUAGCAGUCCUGAGGUGGGUCACGAUCGUCACCCUCGGCAUUGCCCACGAGGCCUCACUUGCCUUGCAGUUUUACAGCGCCGUCGACGGAGAGGACUUUGUCGCGGCUCUGCGCAAGGCGUCGCACAUAUCAACAGCAGCGGUGUUUAACCUGCCCAAAGAGGAGGGGCCAAUAGACGCAGCCGGCCGGUUGUUGUCGCUACCCGCGCGUUGUGAGAACCCCACCGUGCCUCGAGUCCUGAAACGGGAAGCGGGAGACACCAACAUGGGCAAUCACAAGCCCGACACGGAAAGCAGACACGCUGUGGAGGAAGUGCAGCUCUCGCCACCACGCAGCCCUCGAAGCCCAACGGCGCCAUCGCAGCCUGCGGCACACCCCGCUUUGCCGUCUCACAACAGGAGCAGCAUCGGCAACAGGGAUGGCAGUCGCGGAAGGCGCUCCAGCUCGAGAGAGAACGUGCACACGGCGGUGCCGGGUCAAGCUGCGCAGGAAGGGAUCGGUGAUCUGGCGCCGCCUGCCCCCUCCACCGCGGUUUAUGCGCCGCCCGUAGAGGAGACACUGUGGCGCUCUCCUCCACAAGCGGUGAGCAGGUUGCAGACGUCGAUGGACGGUUCACCUUUAGAAUGGCGCACGCCGUCGCCGCUGCGUACUGCACCGCAUCGCAAGGUCCCCGCGCCACCACGAUCACCACCUGCGCCGUCACAGCAGCUUGAACUGUCGGCGCCACCUCCGCUGAAGAUCAUUCAGGGCCCGGCAAUCGAAGGCAGAGGCGGCGGCGGGUCGCGCAAGCGUGGCAGCAACGCUACUCAAAGUCUCCGUGACGCUGCGAGCGAGCGCACGCGUACAACGUCGCAGGAGCGGCUUUCCCGGCUAAUCUACGCUACGGCGGCGUCGUCUGCUACGCGCGAGGAGGUGCCUUCUUACCCUGAAGCAGCGGCGCCAGUGGCAGCCCAACAGACAUCGCAGGGACCGUGGCCUCGCCGACGCGACGGUCCACGGGCUGCACCAGCGUCAAGGACGAAGGCAGAGGCGAUCCCGCGUCGAAGCCUCUUUGCGGAUGAGCUCAACACCACACAGGUCGUUGAUCCAACUGCCAGCCCCCUGUCAGCGCCAGCGCCGCGAACUGCUUCCAUGGUCACAGAGGACGGUGCUCGCGACGUUCCCAUCCAUGCCGACGCCCUUCAAGCAGAGCUGGAGGCUCAAUCGGCCACCGUGGCGCGGCUGCAGCGAAGUCUGCAAGCGCACGAGUCCCUGUUGAUCGAACUCGCGGAUGCCAGGGCGGAUGUACGUGGGCUGCAAGUCACACUCGCCGAGCGCAAUGAUCAGUGUGACGAGUGGCGAGCCGCCUGCAGUCAAGCUGAGCAGCGCGUUAGCAUGCUCCGACGCCAGCAAGAGGGCAUGCUCGCGGAGCAACAAGAACGACUGUGGCGGGCUCAUCAUGCGGAACUGGAAGCUGUGCAGGCGGCCUUUGAAGAGUAUGACGCGCGCAUGUCCGCUUUCCUUGAACAGUUACAACAAGAUCAUCGUGAAGAAGCGGUGCAGUGGCAGCGCGAGCGGCGCACGCUGCUCCUCCAGCUGCAUGAGCAACAGCGCCAGCAGCAAGCGAUGAGGGAUGUAAACGAGCACCGUCGCGUUCGAGCGGCCGAGGUUGCGGCACAGGCCCACUAUGAAGCCCAACGCCGAUGCGUUCCAGCACCGCAGGUGUACCAACGCGAGAGCGCCCAUGCGCAGCGGCAACGGCAGUCGUCAGCCGUCGUUGCUGGUGUCGUCCACUCCCCACGAGACUCCGGCACUUCGAGCUGGCGCCGCCCUCUGGCGUCGUCCGCGGAGUGUAAUCCGGCCUCUGCAGCGUGGCCACGCGCGGACGUGGACGACGAGGUGAACCACGGCCAUCCGGCUGCACGCCACGACACCGCGGCUGUGACUCGCCACCCUCACUCCUACUUUCGAGCACACCUCCAGACGCCGCCAUCGUAUCCACGGGCCGGCAGCGUUCCUGAUGCGCAUGACGUCGGGAAUGGCGUCUACACGCCAAGUCGUCGCUCCUACGUGUAG